AUGACAAUGUUACAAGUUGGAUCGUCUCUAGCUUGGAUUAUUCCCGGUUGGAAUCAAUCUGAAAAAUGCUUGACUAGUUUUUUUGCUCUAGAAAGACCUCGUAUGAGGCUGACCUUUACAAAUAUAUUGUCACAUAUCAACACAAUCUUUAUCUUACGACUCACCACUCACUCACAAGUCAAUCUGGCAUAUCCUACAACGACAAAUGAUCCGAUGAGACUUCGGGGACAGAUGAUAUAUCUACCAGAAUCAAACUGCAUGUUGUUCCUUUGUUCACCUAGGGUCAGUUCCAUUCAUGACCUGGAUCAACGUGGGUUGUACCUCUCUGAUAUCCCUGUACACGAUGCAACACGUGGUCUUCUUAUGAUGAGCCAAACAGCGCAAUCUGAAUUUCAUCAUGUCGUCCAACUCGAGGAAGUUAUUGGUAAGCUGGAUAUAGCUCAACGUUCUCUUGAAGAGGAAAAAGGUCGUAUGAGAGAUCUCUUACACCAAAUGUUACCUGUUUCUAUUGCUGAUAGUCUUAUGGCGGGAAAAAUGAUUGAGGCAGAACGAUUCGAUAAUGUCACGAUAUUGUUUAGUGAUAUUGUUGGUUUUACAAGUAUUUGUGGUAAAUGUGAGCCAAUUCAAAUUGUCAGUAUGCUCAACAAGCUGUACACCAUGUUUGAUCAAGUGAUAGGGACUAACAGAGUGUAUAAGGUGGAGACUAUAGGAGAUGCUUAUAUGGUAGUUGGAGGAUUGCCAGAGAAGAAUCCAGUACAUGCCGAAUGUGUUGCUAAUCAGGCGCUAGAUAUGAUGUAUUAUUGUAAACAAGUUGUUAGACCUGACUCUGACGAGCCUAUCCAGAUGAGAAUAGGGAUACAUUCUGGUGAAGUAGUAGCUGGUAUUGUUGGUCGUAGAAUGCCACGUUAUUGUCUGUUUGGUAAUGCUGUCAAUAUAGCUAGUCGUACUGAGUCCAAUGGAGAACCAGGAAAGAUACAAGUGACAGAAACAACAUACAAGCUCAGUAUGGCAUUCAUUUGGGCAGUAAUGUCCACAGGUCAGUUUCUAGGCCACAUUCCUGAUCACAUGGAGGACAGGGGCCAGAGUGGCAACGAUGAGCUAAACGAUGAGGAUGAUGGCAUUUUGGAGGAAUAA